AGCGAUUACUCAUGCUUCGGGAGUUGAAGAAUUAGCAAUCGGGGGGCUGCCGGCUUGACUUCAUCCGUUUCUUGGUUUUCUGGUUUUAGAAUCGGUGAUUUAUAACUUCCCAGUGAGCUCAGCUGCCGAAAAUGCUAGCUCGUCUCGCCGCCGUGCGUCUUCGCGAGAUCCGUCAAGUUUUCCGUCAAGCGCCUCAGAUAUCAAGAUCCUUCUCUACCGCCUUAAAUUACCACAUUGACACUCCGGAUAAUAAUCCGAAUCUUCCAUGGGAAUUCACUGAUGUAAACAAGAAGAAGGUUAAAGAAAUACUAUCUCACUAUCCAUCCAACUACAAGCAAUCGGCAGUUAUUCCUCUGCUAGAUCUUGCACAGCAGCAGCAUGGGGGCUGGCUUCCUGUAUCAGCAAUGGAUGCAGUAGCUAAGGUCAUUGAAGUUGCUCCUAUACGUGUUUAUGAAGUUGCAACAUUUUAUUCAAUGUUCAACCGGUCACCAGUGGGAAAGUACCACCUACUGGUUUGUGGCACAACACCUUGUAUGAUUCGUGGUUCAAGAGAAAUUGAAGAUGCAUUACUGAAACAUUUAGGAGUGAAGCGCAAUGAGGUAACAAAGGAUCGUCUUUUCUCAGUUGGAGAAAUGGAAUGUAUGGGAUGUUGUGUAAAUGCUCCCAUGAUUACUGUUGCUGAUUACUCCAAUGGAUCUGAAGGAUAUACAUACAAUUAUUAUGAAGAUGUUACUCCAAAACGAGUUGUGGAGAUAGUUGAGAUGUUAAGAAGGGGAGAGAAGCUACCGCCUGGCACACAAAACCCGAAGCGCGUUAAGUGUGGGCCAGAAGGAGGCAACACUACACUGCAUGGUGAACCAAAACCUCCUCCUUGCCGGGAUCUUGAUGCCUGCUAAAGUUAUGGUAAAUGUCAUCUCCAAUAAUGAAAGCUUGGAUGUUUCAAAUUUACCUGUAUCAUCCUUGUUUUCCUCGACCAUUUUUGUGUUUGCCUGCCGGCUUCUUUUCUGCCAGAUGCUCAAAAUUCGCACUUCACAUUGAAGUUAUGAAAUGGCUUAGCAGUUCCUUGAUAA